GCGCGCCAGAGGCGCAGCGCGCUCAGUCUCCAUCCCAGACCCCUCUGCGCACCCGCCUUUCGUGAUCACCCCUGAGCUCAGCAGCAGAGGGUCUGCGGUUCCGCCCGGAACAGCGCCGGCGUUUCUCCGAACCGGGUCCUUGCUUUUCCUGAGGUGCAGGGCCAUGAGCCCUACAGCUACCUGAGGCACAGGGGGCGCUACGUGACGCGGACCGCGCCCCCGAAGUUCUGAGCUCUAGUCUGUGUCCUGCAGGGCGGCUGCGUUCGACCCGGUGGCGGUGUCCUGGGAAGUGCGGCCGGGUGGGGGCAAUGGAACCAGCGGGCCAGGCCCGAGAGGCAGCCACCAAGCUGUCAGAGACGGUGGGCGCAGCGCUCCAGGAGCCCCGGCGGCAGCGGCGCCUGGUUCUGGUCAUCGUGUGCGUGGCACUAUUCCUGGACAACAUGCUGUACAUGGUCAUCGUGCCCAUCGUGCCUGACUACAUCGCCCACAUGCGCGGGGGCAGCGAGAGUCCUAUUCCAACCCCAGAAGUGUGGGUGCCUACCCUGCCGCCGCUCACUCCAGCCAAUGCUAGUGCCAACACGCUCAACAGCUCAGAGUCCCCGACGGCUUCGUGGCCGGCCGGGUCUGCUCUUCGGCCCCGCUACCCCACGGAGAGCGAGGACGUGAAGAUCGGGGUGCUGUUUGCCUCCAAGGCCAUCCUGCAGCUUCUGGUGAAUCCCCUAAGCGGUACCUUCAUCGAUCGCAUGAGCUACGACGUGCCGCUCCUUAUCGGCCUGGGUGUCAUGUUCGCCUCUACCGUGUUGUUUGCCUUCGCGGAGGACUAUGCCACGCUUUUCGCUGCGCGCAGCCUGCAAGGUCUGGGCUCGGCUUUCGCAGAUACAUCCGGCAUUGCCAUGAUCGCGGAUAAGUAUCCCGAGGAGCCGGAGCGCAGUCGCGCGUUGGGCGUAGCGCUGGCCUUCAUCAGCUUUGGAAGUCUAGUGGCACCACCCUUCGGGGGCAUCCUCUAUGAGUUCGCGGGCAAGCGGGUGCCCUUUCUGGUGCUCGCCGCGGUGUCACUGCUCGACGCGCUGUUGCUGCUAGUGGUGGCCAAGCCCUUCUCAGCCGCCGCACGGGCGCGGGCCAACCUGCCUGUGGGCACACCCAUCCACCGCCUCAUGCUGGACCCCUACAUCGCUGUGGUGGCCGGUGCACUCACUACUUGUAACAUCCCUCUCGCUUUCCUCGAACCCACCAUCGCUACGUGGAUGAAGCACACAAUGGCGGCUUCAGAGUGGGAGAUGGGCAUGGUCUGGCUGCCGGCCUUUGUGCCUCACGUGUUAGGCGUCUACCUCACCGUGCGCCUGGCGGCGCGCUACCCACACUUGCAGUGGCUCUACGGCGCACUGGGGCUGGCAGUGAUCGGUGCCAGCUCAUGCGUGGUGCCUGCCUGCCGCUCCUUCACACCAUUAGUGGCCUCGCUCUGCGGCCUCUGCUUCGGCAUUGCGCUGGUUGACACAGCUCUGCUGCCCACGCUCGCGUUUCUCGUGGACGUGCGCCACGUUUCGGUCUACGGAAGUGUCUAUGCCAUCGCCGACAUCUCCUAUUCCGUGGCCUAUGCGCUGGGGCCCAUAGUGGCGGGCCAUAUUGUUCAUUCGCUCGGUUUUGCGCAGCUUAGCCUUGGCAUGGGCCUGGCCAACCUUCUCUACGCUCCUGUCCUACUGCUGCUGCGCAAUGUGGGCCUCCUGACGCGCUCCCGCUCCGAGCGGGACAUCCUGCUGGAUGAGCCCCCGCAGGGUCUGUACGAUGCCGUGCGCUUGCGUGAGUGCCCUGUGUCCCACUCAGACAGCGCGCCUCGCAGCGCGCGGUGCCCAUUUGAUGAGUGCGAGGAUGACUACAGCAACUACUACACCCGCAGCUAGCAGCCCCGCCCCUUCUCCAGGCCACCCACCCACUUCCUACCCAUCAGGUCAAGGUUGCUGUUCUGUGAGCACAGUGGCCAGCUCAGGCUCAGGGCCUGCCCCUCCAGCGAGUAUCCCGAGCCAGCCCCUGUCUUUAGUUCCUCUGCCUGUGUUCCUUCUCCAUGACCUUUUCUGUGUCCCUCUCCCUCUUGUCUAGUAAAGUGUGGAGCACCGAGGCCCGCAAAGUGAUG